AGAAACAAUGACACACAAACACUCACAUUGGGUUUCUUCUGCAGUAUACAUCAUGGACGUCUGGCUGGUCUGCAGUGCUUUGACUCUGCUGUUACCUGUUAAAGCAGCAGCCCUCGGCUCCGGAGACGACGGCUGGUCCAUGCACGUGCAGUCGGAGGUCCGCGCCAUCGAGGGCUACCCCGUGGUGCUGCCCUGCACCUUCAGCCACCCGCAGCACUCCCAGCAUUCCUCUCUGCAGGUGCUGUGGCGUCUGGGUCACGGGCAGAGCGCCACUGUCCUGUACCGCUGCACCAGCCUCUCCGGGACCGCCACCUGCGACCCGGGGCCCCAGCAGGACCAGCGUUUCCGACUGGAGGGGAACCCGAGGGAGCACGACCUGUCGCUGCGGAUCAACAGCGCAACCCUGCAGGACAGCGGACGCUACUACUGCAGGGUGGAGGUGCUGGGACGAGAACACGUCAGCUUUGAGGAGAAGAUGGGGACCAAACUGAGAGUGGAGACUCCCCCAAAGAUCCUGUCUCUGUCGGUGGAGGGCACUGAGCAGUCCGGGUACAGAGCUGUGUGUCGGGUCCAGGGCUCCCCGGUGCCGGACGUCCAGUGGCUCGGCCCCGACGACCUUCUGGAGGGUUCUCUGAUUGGCCCGCUGGCUCAGGGCUCCCAGAGUCACUACCACACCGUGAGCCAGCUGAGGGACGUGGAGCCGGGCCAGCAGUACACCUGCAGCGCCUCCAACCCACUGGGCAGGGAGCAGGCCACCCUGUACGUCCUGCCCCCCCGACCCCUGCUAUCUGUGGGCGGGGCCUCGCCUCCCCUCCUGCUCCUCCUGUCGCUGUCAUUGGGGGCCAAGGUUCUCCUGCUGGUGGGGAUGGGGGUGUGGAUGGUGCAGGGAGGAGCUCUGCAGGGAGUCAGCUGCUGGUGGAAAUAACCGGGUCCACUUGGACUUCAUGUUUCAAGUCUCUUAUUCAGCAUUUAUAAUCAGCUUGCCAUGUGGUUUAUUACACACAUUUAUGUGGUGAGAAGAAGAUAAACUGUAUUUAUUUAAAUUAAUUAACAGCCAAAAGCCUCCUAUGGAAACUGAAAAAGAAAACAAAGACUUCAUUUUAAUGAAUAAAAAGUCACUCUUUUAACUUCAUGUACACUGUGCAUUAAUAAAAUCUUUAAAUUA